ACCCACUGAGCGAGGCCAGGGAUCGAACCCGCAACCUCAUGGUUCCUAGUCGGUUCAUUAACCACUGAGCCACGACGGGAACUCCAAGGAACUCUUAAAGAUAGACUGGAGGAUGCUUUUUACACAGCCCUGUCGUGGGUUUCUUUUUAAUCGGAUUAAGGAGGUACUUUGAUGAUGUUAAUUACCAGAAAUUUGAAUCUUUUUUCUCUUAUACAAAACUGUUGUCUGCUACAUAAUAUUUAUCUACAUUGUGAUCUUUAUAAAAGGUGCAUAAUCCUUAAAAACCUAGGAAGUGGAAAAAAAGAGCUACUGGGAAGAAAGGGGACUCAUAGUAGCUUAUAUUUAAAUGUCGUGCCCCGAUGCUACUUUGGAUGUUAACCUCUGUGCCAGGAAAACAUUAGCUGCUCUUGUGUUGAGUAAAGUGUAAAAAUAACACUGCGAACAUUUUGCAGAGCCCUUUAUAGUUUACAGACUAUUCUCCACAUACACUGUGAUUCUCACAAAUCACCCUUUGCUUGGUGACCCAGCUAUCUUUCCUGCCGUCAUUGUGGAACAUGUUCCCGGUGCUGACAUUCUCAAUAGCUACGCGGGUCUGGCCUGUGUGGAGGAGCCCAAUGACAUGAUUACCGAGAGCUCCCUGGAUGUGGCUGAGGAGGAAAUCAUCGAUGAGGAUGACGAUGACAUCACCCUGACAGUUGAAGCUUCCUGUCAUAAUGGGGAUGAAACCAUUGAGACCAUCGAGGCUGCGGAGGCGCUCCUCAAUAUGGACUCUCCUGGCCCCAUGCUGGAUGAAAAGCGCUUCAAUAAUAAUAUAUUUAGCUCAUCCGAAGACGACGUUAUUGCGCCAAUCACCCAUGUAUCUGUCACAUUAGAUGGGAUUCCUGAAGUGAUGGAAACUCAGCAGGUUCAAGAGACCUUUGCACACUCCCCAGGACCCUCGUCACCAGAACAACCGAAGAAGAAGAAAGGAAGAAAAACUAAACCUCCACGACCAGAUUCCCCAGCCACGACACCAAACAUAUCUGUGAAGAAGAAAAACAAAGAUGGGAAGGGAAACACAAUUUAUCUUUGGGAGUUUCUGCUGGCACUGCUCCAGGACAAAGCUACUUGUCCUAAAUAUAUCAAAUGGACCCAGCGAGAAAAAGGCAUUUUUAAAUUGGUAGAUUCUAAAGCAGUAUCCAGGUUGUGGGGGAAGCACAAAAACAAACCUGACAUGAACUAUGAGACGAUGGGAAGAGCUCUCAGGUACUAUUACCAAAGGGGUAUUCUGGCAAAAGUAGAAGGUCAGCGCCUGGUGUAUCAGUUUAAGGAUAUGCCAAAAGAUCUCAUUUACAUAGAUGAUGAGGAUCCAGGUUCCAGCAUAGAGUCCUCAGAUCCAUCGCUGUCUUCAACCACCACUUCGAGUCGGAACCCACCAAGUCGAUCAAGAGGAUCUUCAAGCCCAGGGACAAAAGGGGGAGCCACUACAGUUCUAAAACCAGGGAAUUCUAAAGCUGCAAAACCCAAAGAUCCUGUGGAAGCUGCACAGCCACCAGAGGUUCUGAGGACAGUGCAGCCCACACAGACUCCAUAUCCCACCCAGCUCUUCCGGACUAUUCACGUAGUACAGCCCGUGCAGACUGUUCCAGAAGGAGAAGCAACCAGUAGCGCACAGGAGGAAACGUUAAGUUCUUCCGUUCAGAGUAUUAGGACUCUACAGGCUCCAGCCCAAGUUCCAGUGGUCGUAUCUCCUGGGAAUCAGCAUUUGCACACAGUGACACUCCAGACCGUGCCAAUCACAACAGUUAUAGCCAGCACGGAUCCAUCCUCAGGGGCUGGAUCGCAGAAAUUUAUUUUGCAAGCCAUUCCCUCGUCCCAGCCCAUGACAGUACUGAAAGAAAAUGUGGUGCUGCAGUCGCCGAAACAGGGCUCCCCGCCUUCGCUCGUCCUGAGCCCCGCCCACGUCCAGCAGGUUCUUCCGAGCAGCGUGCAGUCGGUCUGCAACGGAACCGUCAGUGUGGCCUCAUCUCCGUCCUCCUUCAGUGCCAGCACCCCCGUGGUGACCUUUUCUCCUCGCAAUUCACAACUGGUGGCUCACCCCCCUGGCACGGUGAUCACGUCCGUGAUCAAAGCGCAAGAGACAAAAACUCACAUGCAGGAAGGAGAGAAAAAGGAGGUGGAAGAUGGCUGGAAAGAAGGCGCGGAGGAACCGGAGCAGCAGCCACAGCCUUAUGUGAUGGUGGUAUCCAGUUCCAAUGGAUUUACGUCUCAGGUAGCUAUAAAAAAUGAACUGCUAGAACCCAGCUCUUUCUAAUUCAUAUGCCAAAGGAAUCCUGGAUGAUUCUCUUUUUAGUGGAACCUUUUCCAUUGUAUGCAAACGAGUGAUUGAUUCUAAGAUAAAUUCUGCAAACCUUCCUAAUUGUGUAGUUACUUGUUAAAAAUAGUACCUUGGAGUUUUUGACUUUGACUUUGUGAUUUUUGACUUUGUGUAGAUGAGGAAGGAAAACCCAAGUGUUUCUCUUUUUGUUUUCCACAUGUUUAAGAAUUUAAUUGUGAAGGAACAGGCGUUUUAUACUCUGAAGAUAUUCUUUUGAAAAUUUUUUUCAAGCUCUAUCAUGACCAUUUUUAAAGUUUCUUUUUAAAUUUUACACUGUGUUAGCUUUUGAUUCUUUUGUAAAUACAGUACUUAAAUAUAAGGCAUCAGGAAAUUUAUAUAGGCGCUAUUUUCAUUCCACUUGUAUAGGUUAAGGCUUGACUCUUUCAAAUGCAAGACACCUAUUUUAUGCUCUGUUAAAAUUAGGAUUUCUCUUAGGUUGACUUUAGUUGGUUGUAUGGUAUAUUAAACGAUGGCUGCGUAAAACACAACUUUAAAAACUGAAAUGUGCCCGUGAUACGGCUGAUCCUGUUUCAGAAGCAGGUGGUGUAAAAGCAUCAGCCUACGAGUGGCCCUCCUACUCACCAGGUGUGUCACCUUGGGCAAGCCACUUGAUCCUUCUGGGCCUCAGAAGAGGAGGGAUGUAUUGGAUCAGACGAGAUGAGCUCCAGUUUCCUCUGUAGUUCUAAAUUUUAUGACUCUAAACCCAACAUUUUAAAGUUAUAUGAAUGAAAACAUUAUCAGCUUAUCUCCUAAUGUAAAUAUAUAGCUAAAAUAUUGGAGAAAAAUCCAUGGCCCUACAGAAUUCAUUCUGCUGUUAAUCUGGACCAUCUGCUGUGAAUUCCUCGUAUCUACCUUGUUCCUUACCUCUUUAGGCCGCUGUGCACUGUGGACCACAAGUGAAGUUAUGUCGCUUAGUGCUAAGUGAUACACUGCUGCUUUGAAAGAGUCAGGGCUCUUGAAGGCCCCAGAAAGCAAACAAGCCUUGGGCUAAUCUGGCUGAGUAGUCAGUUGCUUAUAAAAGCAUAACUGCCUUAUAUUUUGGAUUUUUUUUUUUUAAUUGGGAGUGGGGGGAGGGGGAGUUGCAUACAAAGAUAAUAUACAUAUAUAUCCAAGUUUCUGAAAUGAAAUAGUUUUUAGAUUACUUUUUCAGCUGUAAAUAAUGUACAUUUAAUUCCAUGAGAAAAAUUGUUUUCUGCAAAUUUUCUAGGUAUAGCAAAAAGAAAUUUUUGUAGGUGAAAAAAAUCAUUAUGUUUAGAGGUCUAAUGUUAUAUGUUUUCGUAUUACAGAGUGAAUUUGUAUUUAAACAAAAAUUUAAAUUUUGGAAUCCUCUAAACGUUUUUGUAUCUAAUUGGUUUAUUAUUAAAUAAAUCAUGUAAAAAAUUC